GGAAUUGACUUGAAUUGAGCAAACGGGACCCAUGCCGUGGAGAGUUGAAGUCUCCGCUCCGUCUGCACUUGGGUUCGGUGUUUUCCAUUUCAUCUUCAUCUUCUUCUUAGUCAUAGCCAUGGAAAUAGCUUUCACAGCAUAAUUUUAACGCGUUAUUACUUAUUGACCAAAAGGAAAAAGAAUCUUAUAAACCCUCAAACCUCUACCACAUUCCGACAAACAAAAACAAAUUCGUAGAUUUCAAGGAAACGACCGUCCGUUUUGUUUCUCAACAAUUGGUUUGGUCUGCGGCAGAAGAGGACAACGUUGGUCGUUGGUCUGCGCAGUGUGAGCCUUAGAUCUUUGUGUUAGGAAUGGCGAGAGGGAGCAGAUCAGUGACGAGCAGCCAGUGGAGGUACUGCCACCCUUCCUAUUACCUCAAGCGUCCCAAGCGUCUUGCUCUGCUCUUCAUCGUUUUCGUUUGCGUCUCUUUCGUUGUUUGGGACCGUCAAACUCUGGUCAGAGAGCACCAGGUUGAAAUUUCUGAGCUGCAGAAAGAAGUAUCUGAUUUACAGAAUUUGUUGGAUGAGUUAAAAAACAAGCAAGGUGGUAAUGCCGGGAAGAUUGACUUCAGGUCCAAACAAGAUGUCAUAGAUAAUCCCAUUGAUAUCGACAGGAGGGAAAAAGUAAAAGAAGCAAUGCUUCAUGCUUGGGGAUCUUAUGAGAAGUAUGCAUGGGGCCAAGAUGAACUUCAGCCACAGUCAAAGAAAGGUAUCAAUAGCUUUGGAGGUCUUGGAGCAACUUUAAUAGAUUCUCUUGAUACACUAUAUAUUAUGGGUCUCAAUGAACAGUUUCAGAGAGCACGAGAAUGGGUCGCAAACUCUUUGGAUUUUAACAAGGAUUAUGACGCAAGCGUUUUUGAGACGACCAUAAGAGUAGUAGGUGGUCUUCUUAGUGCAUAUGAUCUUUCAGGGGACAAAGUUUUCCUCAACAAGGCUAGAGAAAUAGCUGACAGAUUACUUCCUGCAUGGAAUACACCUACAGGAAUUCCUUACAACAUCAUCAAUUUGUCACAUGGAAGGGCACACAACCCUGGUUGGACUGGGGGUGAGAGUAUCUUGGCAGAUUCUGGCACUGAACAACUGGAAUUCAUUGUUCUAUCUCAAAGGACUGGAGACCCAAAGUAUCAACAGAAGGUGGAAAAUGUAAUAGCCCAGCUUAAUAAAACAUUUCCUGAUGAUGGAUUACUUCCCAUCUACAUUAAUCCUCAUAGUGGAACUUCAGGCUACUCUCCCAUCACAUUUGGUGCCAUGGGUGACAGUUUUUAUGAGUACUUGCUCAAAGUUUGGAUACAAGGGAACAAGACUUCAGCUGUAAAACAUUAUAGAGAUAUGUGGGAGAAAUCAAUGAAAGGUCUGUUAAGCUUGAUUAAGAGGUCAACACCAUCUUCUUUUGCUUAUAUAUGUGAGAAGAAUGGAGGAUCUCUCUCAGAUAAAAUGGAUGAACUAGCAUGCUUUGCUCCAGGGAUGAUUGCUUUGGGAUCAUUUGGUUACGGUUCUGAUGAUUCGCAGAAGUUCCUGUCACUUGCAGAAGAGCUUGCAUGGACAUGUUAUAACUUCUACCAAUCAACUCCAACAAAAUUGGCUGGAGAGAACUAUUUCUUUCAUUCUGGGCAGGACAUGAGUGUGGGCACAUCAUGGAACAUACUGAGGCCAGAGACAGUUGAGUCCCUCUUUUACCUUUGGCGUCUAACUGGCAACAAAACAUACCAAGAAUGGGGUUGGAAUAUAUUUCAAGCUUUUGAGAAGAACUCCCGCAUAGAAUCAGGCUAUGUUGGACUGAGGGAUGUUAAUAGUGGAGCCAAAGACGACAUGAUGCAAAGCUUCUUUCUUGCGGAGACCCUCAAGUAUUUUUAUCUUCUCUUUUCACCUUCUUCAGUCAUUCCAUUAGAUGAGUGGGUAUUCAACACGGAAGCCCACCCUCUGAGGAUUGUGACCAGACAAGAAGAGAGACUUGUUGAGAAUAAUGAGAAGCAAAAACCUUUUCCUAGAUUAGGUGGCAGGAAGGAAGGAAAGUCAGGUUAGUUUCCAUUCUUCUCUUCCUUCCAUUGCUGAUUGAUCCCCUUUUACCAAAAUUAAAGAAAAAGCAGUUUGUUCCAUAAUGGAGCUUGUAAGAUGUCAACAUAUCCUCAUUGGGAGGGGUAAGGGGUUCGUUCAUUCUGUCUCAGAUGGUGUCUAAUAUAGGAAAUAGUUCUUCAUUGAAGUUCUUAGAAUGGGUUUAUUCAACGUGACCUGACCUUUUGUUGAUGAAUGACCCUUUUGCACGGCUAAGAGAUUGUUGUCCUUUAUUUUUAUUUUUUCCGGAACCAAAUUUUCAGAGCAUUAUAUAACUGAGGCAUAUAUCUCCGCAUUGAAUAGAAGAUAAUCCUUGCCUAUUAACAUUUUUCUUUAUAGUGCUUUUACUUUAUUACGUAA